AGAGGAAAUAAUCACAGUAUAUAAACUAAAGGCAUGAGGCAGGCUGUCUAUCUGUGAGAUAGACAGCAUUAAAAAGUCACAUUUAGCAGGUUAUUGUGGAAAGUGGAUGACAGCUGGAGAAAUGAAUAAAAUUCAGAUUUUAAUGUGCAGCGUGAAGCUCAUCAUUCUAAUGGUGAUGUUUUCUCACUCCACCAUGGAACAGUCACAGCUUCAUAUUGUUAUGCCCAAACCACUGGGCAAAGUAACUGGCCCUUACCAACGUUGGACACUCCUGCCUUGUCACUUCUUUUUUGACCACAUGGUGACAUCAGAGAGCAUCUGUCUGACCUGGUGGAGAAACGAAAGUGGCCAUCGCAGGAUUAUUUACGCCUUUGAAAACGGCCAGAGACAGAAACAGAGAGAGGAUCCUGACUACAGCAACCGCACCAAAUUAUAUCGCAAUAUUUCAGAGGGCAGUGCUACUUUGAGGCUACAAAUUCUCAGGCUGCAAGAUGCAGGUCUGUACGUCUGUGAGGUGUGGAGUCAACGGCACAGUGAUGCGGAUCGUGCCUCAGUCAACCUUAUUGUGGCCGCAAGGCCCUUGAGGCAGGGCGUAAUCUCCAUGAACGCCACGUUUCUGUCCUUCGAAUCAUGCGGCUGGCUCCCCGAGCCGUCCCCAUUCUGGACCGACGAGCGGGAUCGGAAUGUGACAGAAGUCACAGAGACUAGCAUCACCCCGGGGGAGGACGGCCUCUACUGCGUUAAAAGUGUGCUGCACAGAAACACAAGCGAGAGGGCACACAAUCUCCACCUGUGCUACACCAACCCCGACACUGGAGAGAAACAAACUGACAUCUACCAGUACAUAGCAACAAAUUCAGCAGAUGCAUAUCACAUAAAUGAUGGAAUUGUCCUUGGACUCCUUUGUUGGGGGAUACUUGGGAUUGUUGUAGUUAUUGUGGUCAUAAGGAAGUUACUGCAUCAGAAACCCAAUGAAGAGUCACCACUUGUGAAAUGCCCUCGUUCAGGAAGCUGCAGAUCAUAUAAUGGUAACUCCUGGAGAAACCUCUAACUCUUUUGGAGUUUUAUUGUAUCAUUUUUAUUCAUCAUUUAUUAUCAUCAUGUUAUUAACAUGUAUGCGUGCCUUUGUGUUUGUGUGUGCUUAUGCCUUCAUCCUAGAACCAAGGCUCGACAUGUAGCAGUGAGCAGGGCUGCCAAAAAUACUCCACUCUGACAGGGAUCUCUGAACCUAAAAUCCUGCAUGGGAUUCUUUUGGACACAUCUUUUAACUGCACUUUAAGGGCUGUGGCAACAUUAAAUGGCUGUUUUUGUCAUUAUUGACGUCUGCUUCAGAAUCAAAUGGAAGAUGUUAAUGAAGCUGUACAUGUGAAAAUUUCACAGCGGAGUUGUUGCUGUCUUUCAGUGUUUUUUUUUUUUUUUUUUUUUGUCUAUAUCAGUUCCAGCAUUUAUGGAGAAUGUCCUUUCUGCAGCCUGCAGGAUGGGCCGG